CUAUUAAUAAUCGGUGACGUAGAGCAGAUAGAUCUGACGGAUCUCGGCCCGGCAAGUGCCGCUCCCUCGCGGAUGGACGACGCUUCCUGACCUCAGCGACAGUGGGCAAAUCUGCCUGUAUCGUCUCCGGAGUCCGGCGAAGUCAACGCGAACGGAACGCCGUCAUGGAGCACGAAAGUGCGCACGCAGGGAUUCGCCUCACCAUCGACGAGAUGCUUCCGUGACGUCCCGGCGAGCCGGUCGACGGUGUCGCCGUAAACCCGUCGUCGUCGUCGUCGUCGUCGUCCCCUCCCGUCGGGAAAUCACCUCGGAAGGAAUCCGCUCUGUAUAAACCGACAGUACAGUCGGAGUAUCAUAUGAGUCGCGCGACGGCCGCUGCGUAGGACCGUCUAUGUGAAGCGACACAUUCCGCGGCGUGUUGUCUUGUCGAGUGGUGGACGUGCGGGACGGACGGUGUAGCGCGCGAAAGAAAGAGAGAGAGAGAGAGAGUUUUUCGACCGGCACGCUCGCAGCAAGACGGGCUCGAGACGAACGUUCCGAGAAAACGGAAUUACGGAACAAAAUCCGCGGGAGAGAUUCGUAUCGGCGCGUCGCGUGUCGAUCGCGAGGGUCCGUCGAAAAGUCAGAGUGACAGAGAGAGAGAGAGAGAGAGAGGGGGGGUGAGAGAGAGAGAAAGAAAGAAAGAAAGUGAGCUCCGGCUGAGAAGGGGGGACUGCCCCCUCUCUGCCCCGCUCGCGAACACCUGUGCGUGCGGUGUGCGGUGCGGAGUGCGGACAGUCGCAUCCCGACCAGUCCCGACAUCGCUGUCCGUCUCGUGUAGUCGUGUAUAUAUAUGCACCCGCUUUGUAAACUCCAGAGGAGUUGGAGCGCCAUGGGGGAGUCGCCGGAAGCAGCGACGACGAUGUACGCGUCGCGCUGCCGCGCGUUACCGUAAAGAUCCGUCCACGCCGUGUGAUCUUUCCCCGUUCCCUCACCUCCCGGCCCGUUCCGUAAGUUCCGUUGGGGCAUUAACACGGGGGACCGUCGCGCGUUUUCGCCGCGAGUGAGUGUGCUGCGUGCGUGCGUGCGUGAUUCCUGUGCCGGAUAUCAACCCCGCGGUUGGUUGGUCGGUGGUGCGACGGCGGUCAUCGUCGCGAUCUCUCUACGGGACCGACACCGAGCGACGUCGCGCUCGAGGGGAUUAAAGGAAGAAAAAAAAAACAAGAGGAGAAGACGUUUGGUGGCGGUGCGAGAGGGCGACGGAGGGUGGCGGAGGAAGGGAGCCGCGCGGUGUGAGUUGUGACGAGAGAGCGAACUGCGAGAGGAAGCGGCAGCGACGAGACAGCCAGUCAGUGCCGAGUGCGUCAGAAGCGACGAAUUCGAUCAGCGCUCCCUUUGUCCGCGCUUCGUCUGAGAGGAACAGAGAGAUUCACGAGGGAGAGGAAAAGAGAGAGAGACAGAGAAAUUCGCAACGGAUCCACGGCAUCGUCUCGACGGCUGAUCCAAUCGACAACGGAUUGAUAUCCAAGCUCGACGACGACGACGACGUACCACGCAACCGUCGAGACGGCCGGGUCGAUUUUUAUACGCGCCGUCGUCAAUACGUCGAGAACUCGUUCUCGUCCCGGUCGCGCCGGACCGCGACAUCUCUAAUCGACCGACGACGCGCAUGGUGUUAUGUCGUCGUCGACGGUGACCCGCGUGACUCGUCGUGGCCGGUAACGAAAAGCGCGCGUGUUCUUCGACGGGAAGAGAAGAAGAGAGCAACUUCAGAAUGUAAAAGAGUGUAUGAGAAAGUACGAGAAAGUGUUUGGAAAGGAAAGAUUUAACGGAACGAGGAAGAGAGCGAUCCACCCGGUCACAUUCGGAUAUUCGUUAUAAUAAAGAAAAAAAAAAAGAUAACAAACAAGAAGGAAGAAAAGAAAGGAUUGUAUUGUAGACAAUCAUCGGCUUUCACGUCGCGAGUGCGAGCGAGGGUGAUCGAUGAGAGAUUUCAGAGAUCGCGCGGUGUGUCUGUGUUUACGUAGGUAGUCUCGAGGCAAAGGGUUAUCCUCUUGAAGGAUACGAUAUCGCGGAUACGUGUUUCGUCGAACGAGAGAACGAGAAAGAGAGAUAGCAAAAAGGAGAGAGAGAGAGAGAGAGGGGCGGUUCUUUGUAUGGCCAUCGGGAGGCGGGAAUCGCGUCUCGCCGCGAGGUGGAAUCGAUCGGCGACGAGAAUCGACGGAGAAUCGGGACCGGGUGAAGGGGCCCGCCGGGGGGAGUAUUUUCGUCCGUCGACGGGUGAAAGAAUGGAACAUCGGCGGCAACGGCAACGGCAGCGGCAGCAGCAACAGCGGCGGUGGCGGCGACGCGGCGACAGCGACCGCGGCCUCGACGGUGAAGUCGUCAAACUCGCGGCGGCGGCGGCCCGGUGCCAAUAACCUUCCGCACGAAGAGCACGAGCGAGUGAACAGAAUCGGGAGACUUUUGGUUAAGCCCCGCUUCCACGCGCGGCGAUGAUGCGCUCGCCCUCGUCGCGCGCGACAGAUCGUAAAAUUAGAAGACGUUCGAGGCGACGUCGCGAUCGCCUUCUGCGGUGCCGGUUUUCGACGAUUGCGACGAUUGCGAUGAUUCUCGCCGGAGGCUCCACGGGUGUGACAGUGCGCGUCGUGAGAGUGCGGUUCCGUAGUUUCUCCCGCUGUGCGCGAGUGCCCCGGAAUUUGUGAGUUCGCGUCAAGCCCGGGAUCACCGACCGACCACCUGAAGAAAGAAGGUAAUAGGUCGACCAACGAUCGAGACAGCUUGCUCGUCGCCGAGCGCGCGAGUGCACUACCCCUUCUAGUCCGCUGCAUUUACGAGGGCCGUCGUUUUUUUUCCGCGGUUCCUGGAGAUAAUACAAUUAGUGGAAUUAUCCUUUCUCGAGAAGGGCUUCUCCCCGAUUUCGCUUCGGUUUGUUCAACUGGAGGAGACGCGGUCGCUUCAUUAGUCCGAAUUUCAUUCGUCCGCGGCGCGCAGUCAUCCUGGAUCCUCGCCUCCAAGUCAUCGUCGUCUUAACGGAGAAGCAUGUCUCCCGUAACAUCCGGACUGUCCUUCGCGUCCGGCGUGAGCGCGAGGAUCACGCGCCUGUCAGGACACACGAAGAGACGCUGAUCGCGCGCCACGUGGAUUCGUCGACUGGACGAUACGCUCGCGCGUUCUCGGUGGCGAACCUCGACGAGGACAGAUAGGACGGACGUGAAACAAAUGGACACCAAUGACUAGCUUGGCCCUGUCGGCGGCGGCAAGCAGGAUCGAGAUGCCCCUCUCCAAAACGAAUCCGUUCGUGCAGGCGGGCGCAAUCUCGACACAGCCGUACAUCUCGAGCAGCGAGAGCAGCAACCACCUGCCGCCGAUCAUCAAGGGUACCGGGUUGACCGGCCUGAAGCAGACAGGCGGUGGCGGCGGCGGCGGCGGCGGCGGCGGUGGAGGAGGUGGAGGUGGAGGUGGCGGCGGUGGUGGUGGUGGCGACGAGUCGGUGCCUUACGUGGGUUACCAGAAAUUACCGUGGAAAGGCGAGAGCUACGGCCUGAGUAACUGGCCAGUGAAUUAUAGUUUCAGUCACAAUUCGCAUUCGCAACCCAACAGCCAGUCGAGCAGUCCAGUGGUGAGAAACGGCCGUUCCGAUGGCAAUUCUAACAGUGGAGUUGGCCGUGGCGGUGGAGGCGGUGGCGGUGGAGGUGGAGGAGGAGGAGGAGGAGGCGGUGGCGGCGGCGGCGGCGGCGGUGGUGGCGGAAGUGACAACGGAGGAGGCGUUGGUGGUGGCGGAAGCGGCGGCGGCGGUGGUGGAAGCAGCGGUGGUGUCAGCAACAACAGCAUUGUCAGCGUGAAACCGAAAACGGCGACCAUCACGCCGGAGAUGGUAAUGAAGCUUUACAUGAACAAGCUGACGCCGUACGAGCAUCACGAGAUCUUCAACUACCAGCAAAUCUACUUCAUCGGCGCGAACGCGAAGAAACGGCCGGGCAUCAUCGGCCGGCCAAACAACAACGAGUACGACAACGAACAGGGCUCGUACAUUCAUGUGCCGCACGACCACGUGGCUUAUCGGUACGAGGUUCUCCGCGUAAUCGGCAAAGGCUCGUUCGGUCAAGUGGUCAAGGCCUAUGAUCACAAAACGCACGAGCACGUGGCAUUGAAGAUGGUACGGAACGAGAAGCGCUUCCACCGUCAGGCGCACGAGGAGAUACGUAUACUGCGCAAGCUGCGCGAGCAGGACAAGGACAACACCAUGAACAUCAUCCACAUGUUCGACUCGUUCACCUUCCGCUGCCACAUGUGCAUCACGUUCGAGCUCCUCAGUAUCAACCUGUACGAGCUCAUCAAGAAGAAUAACUUCAAGGGCUUCAGCCUCCAGCUUGUGCGCAAGUUCUCGCACUCGCUGCUCCUCUGCCUCGACGCGCUCUACAAGAAUAAGAUUAUACACUGUGACAUGAAGCCGGAGAAUGUCUUGCUCAAGCAGCAGGGCCGCAGCGGCAUCAAGGUGAACAAUCACGUAAAUAAUUCUAUAUUUAUAGAUAUCGCGCGAUUCUAUUAUUUUCCCGAACAAAUAUAUGUGGUAUAUGUGGUUACUCUUCCAAUUACCGAGUAUUCAAUUGAGUCUAAUCGGUACCGGCGAAUCGAGUAAACGUUUCUUCUUCGA